AUGGCGGAGGAGCAGAUGGAGGAUGCGUCCACGGCCGCGGCGGCGUCCACGCCGUUCCAGCUCCAGUUCGACAAGCCCAUCCCGUCCCAGAUAAAAAUGGCAGAAUGGAAUCCAGAGAAGGAUCUGCUUGCUAUGGUUACUGAUGACUCCAAGGUUCUCCUCCAUCGCUUCAAUUGGCAAAGGCUAUGGACAAUCUCUCCAGGGAAGUGCAUCACAUCAAUUUGUUGGAGCCCUGAUGGUAAAAUAAUAGCACUUGGCACAGAAGAUGGUUUGGUUCUUUUGCAUGAUGUGGAGAACGGGAAGAUGCUAAGAACUACAAAAUCCCACGAUGUUGCCAUUGUAUGUUUGAAUUGGGCAGAAGACGAUCCACUGUCAAGGCCUGACAAGGAUGAGUUUUUAUCCUAUGAAGACCGCACCACACGUUUCUUUCCUCCUGCUCCUGUGAUGCCUAGGAUAGGUGGACUAAGUUCUGGAGAUACUGGUAUUGCGGAUGAGAACGAAGAAGCUAUUCCAGAAUUUUCUAGUGCUUCCUGUCAGCGUUUUAAUAUUCUGUGCAGUGGUGGCAAAGAUGGUUGUGUUUGCUUCAGCAUUUUUGGAAUAUUUCCUGUUGGAAUGAUAAACAUAACUAAAAUCCCAAUCAAUGUUGGAUCUUCUGGAAAGAGUUACCAACUCCAGGAUGCUUCAGUCAGCAAGGUCUCUUUAUCAAGAAACCUCCAGAAAUUGGUUCUUCUGUGCUUUGGAAAGUUGGUUGACACCGACAACCUUUCUCACAGCUGCGAAAGUUCUGGAUUACAUUGUCUCUACCUAGAUACUUCUAUCUUCUUCAACCGAAAAAAUGAGCUGCAUCAGGUGUCCCAACAAGCAUCAAGUAUUCAAGAUCUGGUCGAAGUUGUCCGUGCUUCUGUAUCUUUAAUAUCCAAACAAUGGUCAAACGCCAUGAGUUUAUUUCAUGAGAAAUUUAGUGCCUUGCCCAAUCUGAUAUCUGCACAUGGAGUGGAAUCUAGUUCUGAGGAUGAGUUUCUGAGCCUUUUGUUUGGGACACGAACAAGUCCAGCACUUCACCAAUUUUUAGCUAGUUCACUUGGUGAAGCGGGUCUCAAGAGGAUAGCCAAGGCUGUUGACAGUGCUGGAAGAGAUAUUCGUGGCAUUAUCACUGAGCAUCUUCAGCCUGCAGUGGAGAUUAUUUCAUUCAGACUCGCAGAAUUAAGAGGCCUUGCAAGAUGGCGUUCACGAUUUCAAAUUAUCGGGUUGGAUGAAAAGCUUAUUGAUGGUGUCACUGAGAGUAUAGGGAUGUUAGUUGUUCAAGUUGAGCGCUUUUCAAGGGUUGCAGCUACUGUUGUUUAUCUGUUUCAAAAUUUCUUCGCCUGGGUUUUAAAGUCUGUUAAAAUAUUAUUAAAUGAGCCUACCGACCAAGUUCCAGCAGCAAACAGUGAACUUGUGGUGAUUUUUCUUAAGUUCCUUCUUGAUAAGGAUCCAAUCAAACAGCUACUUGAAGCAGAUGAGAGAAUUGAGUGUGAUAUGGAUACUGCAAGACAUGUAGAGCAACUAGUAGUUUUUGGAGGAUUUACAGACACCCAAUUUUUGGAAAAGAGUUUGGUAAAACAAUUCAAUGAAUUGGAAGUUAGCUUGAAGGAGGCUUUCUUGAUGCCAUUUACCACUAUCUCUUCGCAGAUACAAUGUCAAGGAUUGCUUCCUUUAUACCCUGUUACAUCAUCAGCUACCUUGUCAUCAUCCUGCAUGCCAACAUCAAUAUCAUUUUAUAAGGAUGAAGAUUCAUCGCAUGAGGAAUCCUCCUAUAGCUUGACUGACUAUGUAUGCUUCAAGAUACCUGAUGGAUCAUUAAAUAAAAGAAAUUGCAUCGGUGUGAUAAAGGACUCUGGUAACUGUUGUACUGCCCUCAGCAUGACGUCCCUUUCAGGUUUUCUGUUGCAUAUACCUGACGAAUAUGAGUGUGUUGACCUGUCACUUUAUAAGGACAACCAGGUAGUUUUACUACUGAGUGAAACGUCUUGUUCUGAUAGCCCUGCAAAAUCUUGGAUGGUGAUGUUGCAGACAGAGAACUUUUCCUUUAUGCCACUCUCAGGAACAUUCCCUGCAAAUAUUUACAGUUUGCAAAAACUAGUGGCACUAGAUCUGCAAUUGGACACAGAUUAUGGGAAAGUUCGUAGCAUACCUCACACAGUAUCUACUCCACUUGCAGUCAGUGCAUCAAGAGGAGUAGCCUGUGUCUUUUCAUCUCGGAGGCAUGCCUUGGUUUAUAUCCUUGAUGAGGAUGAGGAAGAGGAGGGGGAUGAAAUUUCAGAUAUGGAGUGA